GACCUCUCAUUAUGACGUCGCGCGCAACUUGCUUUUGCGACGAAAAAGUCUGAGAACACCAUAUAAAGCUCCAUCAAGCCUGAGAAUGGCACCACAUCGCCUUCUCACACUUCUACCUUUGAUCUUGCUCUUAUACGGCUAUAACGAAACGUAACUUGCGUCAGUAUACGCAAGCAUGCCUACCAUCAACGCAGCCGUCUUCCAUGCCUACGCAUACGGCACAGCAUUUUGGUACGGUCUGCGCGGCUUAUGCCGUGUCUACGAUCCCGUCAUGGUAGUCGGCUGGUUUCGGCCCCCCUCUCAACUCAACCUCACUCCCAACGACCUCGAACUCUAUAACGUCCGCAACGACGGCUGGUGUCUUAUUACGCUCGCGCUCAUCUUGAUUUCUUUCACCAACGCCGUGCCCUUUAACUCCGCGCCCGCGACGAAAUUAACUAGUAUUCCGUACGCCAAGGCUGUGGUUGCUGCGACUGUGUUCCACCAUGUCACAACGGGCAUUGGCGCAUAUCAGCAUUACAGAUUAGCGACGCAUUAUAAUACGAGUAUGGCAAUUGGAGUGUGGGGGAAUGUGUGGUUGACUUUCACGGGGCUGGUGACUCUGGUGUUGUUGCAGAGUGAUGCGGGGAAACAUUCGGUUGAGGAGGUGACAAAAAAGGCUAGGUGAUGGAAUAUUGGUUAGGAGUGAUGCAUGCUGUUGGACAAUAUUUGGAGAUUGCUGAAAUCUAACAUACGAUGGGACGGCAGAAUGGCUCGCGGCGUUUGAAAGGCAUUGUGGUAAAAGACGGGCGAGGGCUGACGAAUAGAACUAAUUUGAUCACCCGUAAUGAGCC